GCCGUGUGCAUGCAGGCAGGCGUGGUCAGGUUGUUGCGCCACAGCUGCUACCUGACGACUCGAUUGGCCUCUAAGAAGCGUGUCGCCUGACAUGCAUAUUGUAAUGUCCAACCGCAUCGUAUCCAUCCGACACAACGCGUACGAUGCCCAUACAGCCAAGGCGCGUAGCCUUCCCACCCAGCAGAGUAAAAGUCCGCGUCCCCGCUCAUGAAAUCAAUCGCCGACGCUGUAUCUCUAGCACGAUUGUUUCUAAUUCUCAGCCAUCAGCCUUCUGCAUCUAUUCCAAGUUCUUCACGAGCGGUUAUCGACGCCAUGAGUCGUCCAGCUCUAGAGAUCAUAUACGAGGGGACCAAACCCGAAGUUGACAUCAUCGCCGUCCACGGGCUCGGUGCCAACGUUGACUGGUCCUGGACUUGGAAGGACCCGGAACCUCCAGAACGCCAUGUCAAAUGGCUCCAGGACGACAAUAUGCUCCCGGCUGUGGUGCCGAACUCGCGGAUCUUGCUCUAUAAUUACGACUCGACGUGGCACGCCGACGCACCAAGGACACGCCUGUCGCUGUGUGGAGAAGAACUCGCCCGCCGUGUCCGCGACUUUCGGGAGGGGCCAACGGCGAGCCGACCGAUCGUCUUUGUCGGUCACAGCUUGGGCGGUAACGUCAUUCAGCAUGCCCUCCUAUACGCCAACUCGGACGAAGGGUUCAGGUCCAUCGUGAUGGCAACAGCAGGCAUCGUCCUCCUGGGAUCACCACUCCGGGGCUCCAAACUCCAAUUCCUGUCGCAGGUACUGGCCUCACUAUUGCGCCCUGCUGGCGCGCACGACGGGAUCGUACGUGAACUCGCCUCCAACGACCCUUCUCUACGAGACAGGCUUCACGAUUUCUGCCGGAUGUGCAACACCGUCUCCAUCCCUGUCACCUGCUUGUUUGAAUUAUACGAGUCUAAUUACGGCAAACGGGGCAUGAUUGGAGGGGUUCUUAAAGGAAUGGUCGUUGAUGAAGUGUCCGCCUGCAUCGACGGCGCCGACCGAGUCUCGCUCCAAGCCGACCACUUUGGAUUGAACAAGUACUCCGGCCCCGACGACCGCUCCUUCCAGACUGUCUCUGCAGAGCUGCGUAGGCUGUGUUUCGAUGCCCCGAAAAACAUACAACGCCGAAGAACGCCAACACCCGUCAUCACCGAUAGUAAAUACCUUUUAGCAGAAAAGCCCGAGGCAAAAAAGUGUCUACCAGACCUCUUCCUCACCGAUCCAUACGAAGACAUGCAGGAGAUGAAGCGGAAGAAAGGCAGCCGCGCCAAAAACACAUGCGACUGGAUACUCGGAACUGAUGAGCUGACCGCUUGGCUUGGCGAUGUCUCGGAGCCGACGGCGCCGCCGAUGGACGUCCUCUGGCUGUACGGGAAUCCGGGAACGGGCAAGUCGACAAUGUCCAUGUUCCUUGCCGAGGGGCUAUCAGAGGCCUUCUCCAAGACUCCAAAUAAAACACUCGCGUACUUUUUCUGCGACUCUGGUUAUGACGCACGUAACACCGCUAGGGCGAUUGUCCGUGGGCUCCUCCUGCAGCUGGUGCAGCAGCACCCGCAGCUGAUCGAGCAUGUCCUCCCCAAGUACGAGGAGCGCAAGGACCGCGCAUUCGACUCGUUCGAUGCUGUUUGGACAAUGUUCACAAAAGCCUGCGCGGACAAAGGCACAGGCCGCAAGUACUGCAUUGUCGACGCCCUAGAUGAGUGCGCGCAAGACGAGCAGGAGACAUUACUGAAGCAGAUCGAGGAAACAUUCGGAGGAGAUCAAUCCAGUGGCAGGCUUAAUGUGAGCAUUCUACUCACUAGUCGACCAUAUCCAGAAAUCGAGCGGUUUCUAUCGAGAUUUCCCAAGAAAAACCUCGUAUCAUUUGACGAGUCUAAGCGAGACAUUGACAAGUUCAUUGACGAGAAGGUAGCCAGGCUAAAGAGAAACAAUAAGUACACAGAUAGCCUAGCUGGCAAUAUUAUGCAGGUGCUGCGCGACAAAGCCGACGGCAUCUUCCUCUGGGUCGGCUUGGUAUGUCAGGAGCUGGAGAGGACUCCAUCAAGAAAAGCUGUCGCACUCCUUGAGAAGCUUCCCGCGGGACUUCAAUCGCUCUAUAAACAGCUCCUCGAUGCUGCCCUUGAACAAGACGAGGAUUCCGAUGUGAUCAAACGACUCCUCAGCUUCGUCAUAGUAGCACGGCGGCCCUUCAGCACGCGAGAGCUCGCCUCUGCAUGCCGUCUUUACCAAGACGAAGGUGAAGAAGAACGUAUCCAGUUCACGAUUGAGAUCAUCGCCUCCUGUCGGUUAAUGAUAGUGGUGCAGGAUGAGAAGGUCCUACUGCUCCACCAGUCUGUGAAGGACUUCUUGUUGGGCGAUAUCGGGAGCAAGUUGCGGUUCGUUAACCAGUUGCAGACACACAAUGAGCUCGCGAACCGCUGUGUUGAAUGUCUAAUUGAAAAGUUCUCAUCCCUACAGCGAGGAGGCUAUACAAAGGAAGACGGCGAUCUUGUUCCGUAUUCAACCCAGUUCUGGCCGGAACACGCGCAGAUGGCUGCGAAAUGUUUUAUGAUUGAAGAGAGGCAGGGUCAGUUUUUCGCCAUCGAUUCGAAGAUACGCGAUAGUUGGUGGAAAGACUACACCCAGCAGGGACACAAGAUGAUGCCUUCUGACCUGUCUGUCUUCCAUCUGGCUGCACGCUGGGGACUCCCAGCGCUUAUUGAUCAUGCGCUUUCAUCGAAUCCGUAUCACGCUGGAGCGCCUGUGUCUCGAGAAUCACCCAAGCCCUACAUUGAUACGGCGUAUCGAGACUCGCAUGGGACGACACCCCUCGAACAAUGCGCUCGUUCGAGUCAUAUUGAUAUUCUCAAGAUCAUGCUUCAAAGAGCGGAACCUAGGUCGCAUUUGGAAGAAGCCGUGGUUGCAGCUGCAGCCCAGAAUCGUAAUAGCGGGGCUGAGUUGAUGGAGGUCCUUCUCGACUGGAAGGGAGACCAAGUCAUGAUCACGGAGGACAUCGUCAAGGCGGCGGCGGGGAACUGGGGCAGCGGGGCUGAGGUGAUAGAGCUUCUUCUCGACCAGAAGGGAGACCAAGUCACGAUCACGGAGGAUAUCGUCAAGGCGGCGGCAGGGAAUAAUAAGAGCGGGGCUAAGGUGAUAGAGCUCCUUCUCGACCGGAGGAGCGACCAAGUCACGAUCACGGAGGAUAUCGUCAAGGCGGCGGCGGAGAACGUUAGCAGCGGGGCUAAGGUAAUAGAGCUUCUUCUCGACCGGAGGGGAGACCAAGUCACUAUCACUCAAGGGGCUGUUACCGCCUUGUCUAGUAGGUUCGGGGCUGAGGUGAUAGAGCUUCUUCUCGACCGGAGGGGAGACCAAGUCACGAUCACGGAGGAUAUCGUCAAGACGGCGGCGGGGAAUUGGCGGAACGGGGCUAAGGUGAUAGAGCUUCUUCUCGACCGGAGGGGAGACCAAUUCACGAUCACGGAGGAUAUCGUCAAGACGGCGGCGGGGAAUUUAUGGAACGGCGCUAAGGUAAUCAAGCUCCUUCUCGACCAGAAGAGAAACCAAGUCACAAUCACGGAGGAUAUCGUCAAGGCGGCGGCGGGGAAUAAUAAGAGCGGGGCUAAGGUGAUAGAGCUCCUUCUCGACCGGAGGGGCGACCAAUCACGAUCACGGAGGAUAUCGUGAAGGCGGCGGCGGAGAACGAGGGCAACGGGGCUAAGGUGAUAGAGCUUCUUCUCGACCGGAGGGGCGACCAAGUCACGAUCAGGGAGGACAUCGUUAAGGCGGCGGCGGGGAACGAGGGCAGCGGGGCUAAGGUAAUAGAGCUUCUUCUCGACCGGAGGGGCGACCAAGUCACGAUCAGGGAGGACAUCGUUAAGGCGGCGGCGGAGAACGAGUACAGCGGGGCUGAGAUAAUAGAACUUCUUCUCGACCGGAGGAGAGACCAAGUCAC